AUGAAAGCAACUCCGACACUUGAGGCAGGAAUAGACAAUCUAGCUUUGGAGUCUCCAGAAACACCCACGGCUAUGAGGUUUUUUGUCUUUGGCGAACAAGAGACUGGUGCAAAUGAUGGCAUUGGUGGAGAGCAGCGUCGCAAACGACUUGACUUUGGAUCUCCGUUCACUGAACAAUCAGCUGUCAGCCGCUUUGCUUCAGGAGGUUUUGGAUCACCGCUUGUGGAAGCGAUCCAUGAAGAAGAUGAGGAUUCUGCAGUUGCAACGACAGAAAACAGUUUCCAUAUUGGGACUCAAACUGACUUGAAAUCGAGGUUAGAGGCAGAAAUCAGAGACCAUUGCAUUAGUAGAGACUGUGAAGAAGAGAUCUGCCGGGCCCUUUACCACCUCUUUCAGAGCAAAGCUGUACCGAUUAGUCGUUCAUCGACAACAGAUGAGAAUGAGGUUUUGACAAUUCGCCAGGUUCGCAAAGGCUCCAGCAUCAAGAUCCUUCGAAUUAAAGAGAGCCGACACAACACCAAGAAAGACAUCGCGGAGGAAUUGCGACCAUAUUGA